AAAGCUAUGAAGAGAUGACAUUAGAAGAAGAUGAAGAGCAAAUUUUAUCAAAUUUACGAUCACCUGAAACAACAAUAAAUAUAAAUAAUGAUGAUGAAAUAUUAGAUAUUUCAUUAGAGUUUAAUUUACAACCAAUUGUUUUAAUUGAAUAU